GUCACCAGGCAUCAGGUCAUUUGGCUCGACAGCGGGCACCGCGUCAUCUGGCAAGGCAGUGGGCUCCGAGUCAACAGGCACGACAGUGAGCACCGGGCAUCAGGUACCGGAUUGUCUGGCUCGACAGCGGGCAUCGGGUCACCAGGUAUGACAGCGGGCACUGGGUCACCAGGCAUCAGGUCAUUUGGCUUGCCAGCGGGCACCGCGUCAUCUGGCAAGGCAGUGGGCACCGGGUCACCAGGUACCGGAUCAUCUGGAUCAACAGCGGGCAUCGAGUCAACUGGCCUAAUAGGAUCGUCGGGCUGGAUCAGUUCAUCCUGCUGAGUAGCGGCAUCAGGCUGAAUGCAGGCAUCAGGCCGAGUAGAGGCAUCAGGCCGAGUAGAGGCUUCAG